GAAUCCAGUGUAAAUGAGGACAAGCUUUUCUGCAGCGUGUUCAAACAUUUCCCCAGCGGAGCUGAUCAGAGAGAGAGGAGUGUGUUUGAGUGCUGGCUCUCAUAGAGGUCUAUUUGAAAAUGGCCCACUCACUUUUGUACUGGCCCGCCCAAAAUACUAUUUCAGUCUACAGAGCAGGGCGAGGAAACUGAAGGCUGAGGCAGUACUAACUUCAGAUCAGAAGAUGAGUGAUUUGGAGGAAGAGGAGUAUGCACUAAAGUCUGUAGUAUCUAGCUGUCAGUCAGUGAAGAGUGACCGGUCCAUAGAUCUACCUCCAGACUUCAGUGAUGAAUCUGGACCCUCAGACACAAAACUGACUCCAGAUCAGAAGAUGAGUGAUGUCGAGGUAGAGGAGGAGAGAGUAGAGUCUGAAGGAUCUGACUGUCAGUCUACGAAGAGUGACUGGUCCAAAGGUCUUCCUGAAGACUUCAGUAAAGAACCUGGACCCUCAGACACAAAACUGACUUCAGAUCAGAAGAUGAGUGAUUUGGAGAGGAUUCUUCAAUUCAGUAAAGAACCUGGACCCUCAGACACUAAAGUCCAGAACAAGAGAUGGGGAGCAGAGUCUGUAGUAUCUGGCUGUCAGUCUAUGAAGAGUGACCGGUCCAAUGAUCUUCCUGAAGACUUCAGUAAAGAACCUGGACCCUCAGACACAAAACUGACUUCAGAUCAGAAGAUGAGUGAUUUGGAGGAAGAGGAGGACGGAGCAGAGUCUGUAGUAUCUGGCUGUCAGUCUAUGAAGAGUGACCGGUCCGUAGGACAGCCUCUAUACUUUAGUACUGAACCUGGACCCUCAGACACAAAACUGACUUCAGAUCAGAAGAUGAGUGAUUUGGAGGAAGAGGAGGACGGAGCAGAGUCUGUAGUAUCUGGCUGUCAGUCUAUGAAGAGUGACUGGUCCAUAGGACAACCUCUAUACUUCAGUACUGAACCUGGACCCUCAGACACAAAACUGACUUCAGAUCAGAAGAUGAGUGAUUUGGAGGAAGAGGAGGAUGGAGCAGAGUCUGUAGAAUCUGGCUGUCAGUCUAUGAAGAGUGACUGGUCCGUAGGACAGCCUCUAUACUUCAGUACUGAACCUGGACCCUCAGACACAAAACUGACUUCAGAUCAGAAGAUGAGUGAUUUGGAGGAAGAGGAGGACGGAGCAGAGUCUAUAGUAUCUGGCUGUCAGUCUAUGAAGAGUGACUGGUCCAUAGGACAACCUCUAUACUUCAGUACUGAACCUGGACCCUCAGACACAAAACUGACUUCAGAUCAGAAGAUGAGUGAUUUGGAGGAAGAGGAGGAUGGAGCAGAGUCUGUAGUAUCUGUCUGUCAGUCUAUGAAGAGUGACUGGUCGAUGCAAGAACCUCCAUACUUCAGUAAAGAACCUGGACCCUCAGACACAAAACUGACUUCAGAUCAGAAGAUGAGUGAUUUGGAGGAAGAGAAGGAUGGAGCAGAGUCUGUAGUAUCUGUCUGUCAGUCUAUGAAGAGUGACUGGUCGAUGCCAGAACCUCCAUACCUCAGUAAUAAACCUGGACCAUCAGACCCAAAAACGAGUGAGAGGAGUGAUGUUUGUGAGGAGGAGCGCCCGUCCUGCUGUGCUUUGUGUCAGGACGUCCUGAAGGAUCCAGUCUCUACCAGCUGUGGACUCUGGUUCUGCAGACAGUGCAUCACCUCAUACUGGGACCAGUCUGCUUCAUCAGGGGACUCCUGCUGUCCCCAGUGUGGAGAAAGAUCCAGAACAAUGUACGUUGUUAAACAUAAACAUAAGAUCAGUGUGAAGGGGACAUAUGAACGUGUGACUGAAGGAGCUGAUCAAACAGGAAGUGGAACCCUCCUCAACAGGAUCUUCACUGCGCUCUACAUCACAGAUGAACUGAGUGAAGAAGUUAAUACCCAACAUGAGGUGAGGCAGCUCGAGACAGCUUCCAAGAUGAAGACCCUCCAUGACUCUCCAAUCGAGUGCAGCGACAUCUUUAAAGCCUUACCUGACCAACAGAAACACAUCAGAGUCGUUAUGAUGAUCGGCGUCGCUGGCGUUGGAAAAACCUUCUCAGUGCAGAAGUUCUGUCUGGACUGGGCCGAGGGUUUGGAAAACCAAGAUGUGGAUCUGGUGAUUCCUCUUUCCUUCAGGGAGCUGAACUUGAUCAAAGAUGAGCAGUACAGUCUUCUGGAGCUGCUCCGUGUUUUCCAUCCAUCAUUACAGGAGGUCACAGCAGAGCAGCUCGCUGGCUCUAAAGUUCUCUUCAUCUUUGACGGCCUGGAUGAAAGCAGACUUUACCUGGAUUUCAACAACAAUGAGGCUGUUUCUGAUGUCACACAGAAGUCAUCAGUCAACGUGCUGUUGACAAACCUCAUCCAGGGGAAGCUGCUUCCCUCGGCUCUCGUCUGGAUAACUUCCCGACCUGCAGCAGCCAAUCAGAUCCCUCCUGCGUGUGUUGACAGGGUAACAGAAGUACGAGGCUUCACUGACGACCAGAAGGAGGAGUACUUCAGGAAGAGAGUCAGUGAUGAAGAGCUGUCCAGCAGAAUCAUCUCCCACAUCAAGACCUCCAGGAGCCUCCACAUCAUGUGUCUGAUCCCAGUCUUCUGCUGGAUCACUGCUACAGUUCUGGACCACAUGUUGACUACAGACCAGAGAGGAGAGCUGCCCAAGACCCUGACUGACAUGUACUCACACUUCCUGCUGGUUCAGACAAAGAGGAAGAAGCUCAAGUAUGCUGAGGGACAUGAGACGAGUCCUCAGGAGCUGACGGAGGCUGACAGGGAAGUUCUUCUGAAGCUGGGGAGGCUGGCGUUUGAACAGCUGGAGAAAGGAAACAUCAUGUUCUACCAAGAAGACCUGGAGCGCUGUGGUCUGGAUGUCACAGAGGCCUCGCUGUACUCAGGAGUUUGUUCAGAGAUCUUCAAAAGAGAGAGUGUGAUCUUCCAGAAAACAGUCUACUGCUUCGUUCAUCUGAGCGUUCAGGAGUUUCUGGCUGCAGUCUACCUGUUCCACUGUUACACCAACAGGAACACACAGGUACUGGAGGACUUCCUGGGGAAAGACAACUAUGUUUAUUCAUCUCUGGAUGUCUUCCUGAAGAGAGCCAUGGAGAAAUCCCUUGAAAGUAAAAAUGGCCACCUGGACCUGUUUGUCCGCUUCCUUCAUGGCCUCUCUCUGAAGUCCAACCAGAGACUCUUAGGAGGCCUGCUGGGUCAGACAGACAACAGUCCAGAAAUCAUCCAGAGAGCCAUCAACAACCUGAAGGAGAUGAACAGUGAUGGGAUCUCUCCUGACAGAAGCAUCAACAUCUUCCACUGUCUGACGGAGAUGAACGACCACUCAGUCCAUCAGGAGAUCCAAGAGUUCCUGAAGUCAGAGAACAGAUCAGAGAAGGAACUCUCUGAGAUCCACUGCUCAGCUCUGGCCUACAUGCUGCAGAUGUCAGAGGAGGUUCUGGAUGAGUUGGACCUGAGUCAGUACAACACAUCACAGGAGGGAAAACUGAGACUGAUUCCAGCUGUGAGGAACUGCAGAAAGGCUCGAUUGGUGCGCUGUGGUUUGUCAGAGAUCAGCUGUGCUGCUCUGGCCUCAGCUCUGAAGUCCAACCCCUCCCAUCUGAAAGAGCUGGACCUGACAGAGAACUACAACCUGAAUGAUUCAGGAGUGAAGCAGCUGUGUGCUGGAUUGGAGAGUCCAAACUGUAGACUGGAGACUCUGAGAUUGGAGAGCUGCGGUUUGUCAGAGAUCAGCUGUGCUGCUCUGGCCUCAGCUCUGAAGUCCAACCCCUCCCAUCUGAAAGAGCUGGACCUGGGCAACAACAACCUGGAGGAUUCAGGAGUGAAGCAGCUGUGUGCUGGAUUGGAGAGUCCAAACUGUAGACUGGAGACUCUGAGAUUGUGGAGCUGCGGUUUGUCAGAGAUCAGCUGUGCUGCUCUGGUCUCAGCUCUGAAGUCCAACCCCUCCCAUCUGAAAGAGCUGGACCUGAGGGGCAACAACCUGAAGGAGUCAGACGUGAAGCAGCUGUGUGAUCUGAAGGAGAGUCCAGACUGUAGACUGGAGACUCUGGAGAUGGAUGGCAGAGUAUACAGGGCUGCACCUGACAGACAUAAAGGACAUCCGUCCACAUCGAAGACAAACCUUGAUGUGUCUGAGGACAGAAGAGAGGAUCAGCUGAGUCCUGAUGAUCCAGAGAAGUUGAAGCAGCAGCAGUUUGUGGGAGGAGAGGCUCCCAAUACAAAUGACACUAUGAGUUUCACACCUGAGCUGCUGACUGAGUCUGGAAAGACUUCAUACAGGUUCAGGUGUCCUGGUCCAGGUGGGUUCCAGUGUGCUUUGACUGGACUGGUGUUUGUUACGACUCAGAAGGCGGAGCUGCUGUACAACACUGUCCAAUGGGAUGAGAGCCUCCUCCAAUCAGCUGGCAGGAUGGCUGCAGGGCCGCUGUACGACAUCAAGUGUUCAGAGAAGGCUGCUGUCUGUCAGCUCCACUUUCCACACUGUGAAAUCAUAGAUGCUCCGCUGCCUGAUGGCCUGUUGUCUGUCGUCCACAUCACUGAUGAUGGGAUGAGCAUCCUCGAGCCGCUGGAGAUUACUGACACUCACGUGGUUGUAAAUGUCCCUCACCUCUCUGUCCUUGGCCUGAUCUGGGAUGUAGUUAAAAGGUUGUGGACGAUACCUGUCAGCGGCCAAAUUAUGCUGUUUCUCGGACCACUAAACCCAGCAACACAGAGGCAAAACCUCAAUGUGCUUCUCCUGCCGAGAAACAUCCCUCUGAGCACGGUGAGCGAACAAUAUCAACAAUCUAGGAACAUCCGGGUUCCUUCCAAAUGUAAACUCAUCAAAGAUCAAAGCUACACCGUCCAAUGUCCUCAGGCUGUGAAAAUACAGCCAAAGAAAGCAGAUUUUGACCUGGAGUUUGGACCAAACUACGACUCAACGUUUGAGAUCCGCCUGCCUAUAAACACACCAGAAGUGACUUUAAGAGUCCAAGAUGAAGGACAGAGCGUCUGGGAGCAUGACGUAGAACUGAUUGUUCCAACUGGGCCAAAUCCACGGAGGAAUGAGCCAGCAGAGGACAGUGAUCCCCCAGAAGACAUGCUGAGGCAAGUUCGGACACAGUUUGUAGAGCGAGUGUCUGAUCCAGUUCUGAACCAGCUUCUGGAUAAACUCCUUGAGCGUGGUGUUAUAACUGAUGAGGAAAUGCAGUCAGCCAGAACACAAGGCAGAGCAGACAAAGCUCGAGACGUGAUGGACACGGUGAGAAGAAAAGGACGAGGAGCCAGCUCAGUUCUGAUCUCUGUUCUCCAUGAGGUGGAUCCAGUCCUUUCCAGAGAGCUGACAUUAAACUGAAGAACCAAACUGUGGAGAGAGAUGAUGAAUCUCUCCAAUAACUGAGUGUUACACAUGAUUACUGAUUUGUAGUUUCAGCCACUAGAUGGAGGCAGAACUUCACUGAUAGACAAACAAGAAGCAAAUAAUUGAGAAAGAUUUCUGAGUGAUGAUUGAACACCUGCUGGUUCAAGAGAUACUGGUUGGUCAUUUACUCAUCCUCUACAGCCUCUUAUGUCAUCAAACAGCCUCUGAUGUCAUCAAACAGAUGCUAAAUGCAGCGUGGCUUUUUCUGGCUCAGAACCAUAUUUUGUCUUUUACAUGUUUUCUUGGGGUGACACAAAUCUUCAGCGGUAUUCAGAGAAAAGGAACAAUAGCUGUUUCGCCUGUUUUUGAUGCUGAAUGUUUCAACCGACCAACUGGGAAUCACUUAUAAUCAUAUAUUUCAACCCAGUCUCACGGCAGUUCAUGAAAUGGUCACGUAAUUGUAAUGUAUUGAGUCAUGACAAAUAAACUUACCUAACACGUUUAUCUUAA